AUGAGCUGCUUCGAGAAGGAGGGCAGCUGGAGCCUGUCCUUCGCGGGCGCGGGCUUCCUGGGUCUCUACCACGUGGGGGUGAUCCACUGCCUGAGGCAGCGCGCCCCACGCCUUCUCCGCGGCGCCGGACGCUUCUACGGCUCCUCCUCCGGGGCGCUCGUAGCCGCCAGCGUCGUCAGCGGCUUGUCUGUCGACUUGUGCUGCUCCCGCCUUAUGGCCAUGGUCAAGCAAGUGGAGCAGCUGAGCCUAGGCAUCUUCCACCCUGCCUUCAUGCCCAUCGAGACCAUCAGGCAGGACCUGCAAGACUGGCUGCCCGCCGACGUUCACAUCCUGGCCUCCCAGCGGCUGGGCAUCUCACUGACCCACUGGCCCAACGGCGAGAACGUCGUUGUCACCGACUUCGCCACCCGCGAUGAGGUCAUUGAGGCCUUGGUCUGCUCCGUGUACUUCCCUUUCUACUGUGGGACGAUUCCUCCCACGUUCAGAGGGAAGCGCUACAUUGACGGCGCUCUAAGCAACAACCUGCCCUUCGCGGACUCGCCCUCCGCCAUCACCGUGUCGCCCUUCCAUGGGACGGUGGACAUCUGUCCUCAGAGCAGCUCGGCUAGCAUACACGAGCUGAACGCCUUCAACGCCAACUUCCAGAUCUCCACUGAGAACUUCUUCCUGGGCAUCACCUCCCUCAUCCCCUGCAGCCCCGAGGUAAUGGCCGACAGCUGCAGACAAGGCUACUUGGAUGCCCUGAGGUUCCUGGAGAGACGCGGACUCACCAAGGAGCCAGUGCUGUGGAGCUUGGUGUCUAAGGAGCCCCCAGCCCCAGCUGAUGGGGCCCCAGGUGCUGCCCACGAUGGAGGCCAGGAGGCGGGCUUGUCGCUCAACUGGGCAGUGCCCAACGUGCUGGUCAAGGACGUGCCCGACUUUGAGCAGCUCUCCCCAGAGCUGGAGGCUGCACUGAAGAAAGCCUGCUUGCGGGACCCCAGUGCCUGGGCCUCUUUCUGCCGCUCGGGGCCCGGGCGGGUGCUGAUGUACCUGCUGCUGCCUUGCACGCUGCCCUUUGAGUACGUCUAUUUCCGGAGCAGAAGGUUGGUGGCGUGGCUGCCGGAUGUGCCGGCCGACUUGUGGUGGAUGCAAGGCUUGCUGAGGAGCUUGGCCCUCGAGGUCUAUUCCAGGAUGAAGGACCAGCUCCUUAGCCUGCUUGUCACCAGCCCCCUCCAGCCUAAAGCCACUCCUCCCAAGGACCUGGCCGAGGAGCCCAGACCCACCCAUCAGGCCUCAGGGGACCGUGCCAGCCCAGCCCAGUGACUGGCCUCCCCUGCCUCCCAUCAUGGCCCUUGUCCCGUGUCCGCACCUGCCCCCAGUCCUUGAGUCCUGACCCAUCUCCCGGAGCUCAGAGCCAGACCCUAGCCCAGGGUGGGCACUGGAAUUGUCAGCCACGUGGAGGGUGGAGAGGACAGAGACUCUUGUCACAAGCCACAUGGGCAGGAGUGAGAAGAGGCCCUUCCUGUGUCUCUCUGCACCCCGCCCCCCCCCACCCCGCUCCUGGGGCUUCAGGUUCUUCUUUUCUGGGUGAGACACAGCCUGUUAGUACACCUCUAGGUCACUGUGUGCCUGGGUCAUCCUCCUGUCUCAUCGCAGAGAGGAAGGAAGGCAGGGGCUGAGACACAUGUCUGGUUCUAGAAUUUCCAUUUGGAGGACUUGGGGCAGCACCUCGGGGAAUAAGCAGUGUGCAAGGUACUUCAGGGAAGGUGGAGAAAAUGCUACAGGCUCAUAUCAGACCCCUGGCUUCCCUGGAGGCUCAAACGGUAAAGAAUCUGCCUGGGAUGCAAGAGACCUAGAUUCCAUCC